AUGGCAAAACACACUAAACCAUUUGAGAAAUACGUUUACGACGUGUAUGAUCCCAUAGAAGUGGGAUCAAUUGAUCGAACUGACACCGAACCUCACGACAAGGCCAUCCUAAGAGCGAUUGCCUCAGAAUAUGCUCCAAAUAAAUUAGUAAAAGGUGAUCCAGAACACACAAUAUUUAUAGCUCGACUAAAUCCUAGGACAACCCAGGAUACUAUUGAGACUGAAUUCUCAAAAUUUGGUAAAGUGAAAAGAUGUCGCCUUGUUAAGGACAUAGUUACUGGUAUAUCAAAGAAAUAUGCCUUCCUAGAGUAUGAGAGGAAGCAGAGAGAAGGCUUAAAGGAUGGAAACCUCGAAGACUUGGUGGAGGCUUUGGUGGAAAGAAAGAAUCUGGACAACUAA